AUGGCAACAAUUGCAUGUUAUUCAUCUCUCUCUCUUUUUUUCCUAUCAUUAUGCCUUCACAACAUCGUUCUCACCAACGCUUUCAAUGGUGGCUUUGGUGUGGAACUAGUUCAUAGAAAAUCUCCAAAAUCACCAUUUUAUGGUUCAAUCAACCAUGUCAACAAAGGUUCUGCACCUAGAAACACACCAGAGAUCAGUCUAGGUUGGGAUGAAUACGAAUACUUCUUGUCCUAUUCAAUUGGCACCCCACCAUUCCAAAUUUUUGGUUUUUUUGACAUAAGCGCUGACAUUACAUGGAUGCAAUGCAAGCCUUGUAGUCCUUAUGAACAAACCCCUCCUUUAUUUGAUCCUUUAAAAUCUUCAACAUACAAAACCCUUCCUUGCUCCUCUACUACAUGUACAUCUGUGCCAAAUACCACCUGCUCUUUGGAUUAUAAACAUAUUUGCAAUUAUUUUAGGGACGAUUAUAUUUCAAGAACACAAGGAGAUCUCAGUGUAGACACAUUCACACUAAAAUCCACCAGUGGAAAUCUUAUGCAAUUUCCUAGAACAGUAAUAGGAUGUGGGCAUGAUAAUCUUGCAGCAUUUGGUGAGGAAAUUUCUGGCGUAGUUAGCUUUGGACGUGGACCAACAUCCCUUGUAUCUCAACUCGAUUCCUUAAUAGGUGGAAAAUUUUCCUAUUGUUUAGCGCCAGCGUUCUCACAUCCUAACUCCUCAAGCAUAAUCAAAUUUGGAAAUGAUGCUGUGGUUUCUGGUGAAGGCACUGUCUCAACACCCAUAUACCAAAAAGACCCAAAAGCCUCUUAUUUCGUACACAUAGAAGCAUUUAGUGUGGGAAAAGAGAGAAUAGAGCUUGGAAACUCCACUUUGGGAUCCAGUGGAGAUGGAAAUGCCAUAAUUGGCACACAAGAGGUCGAAACUUAUUUUCCAAAUGAUGUUUACUCUAAGUUGGCAUCAGCAGUGAAACGUGUAGUUAAGUCAAAGCGUGUUAGGAUUAGAGAUAAACCAUCGAUUCUUUGCUACGACAGUGGAUCUAAACCCCCACAGGUUCCAAUAAUUACUUUACAUUUUAAAGGUGCAGAUAUCCAAUUGAAUGCGCUCAACACCUUUGCUCCAGUUGCAAAAAGGAUUUAUUGCUUGGCUUUCACAAAUAUUUGUCAUAAGAAGCCUUAUGCCAUUCUUGGGAGCUUGGUUCAACAAAAUUUCUUGGUUGGCUUCGACCUACCAAAGAAUAUUGUCUCCUUUAAGCCCAAAGAUUGUGCCAAGUAG